AGAAAGAGGCGCGCGUAGUAUAUAAUCACAGUAGCCGCGAGCUCUCAAACACACUCUGUUGUUUUCCAAAACCCUAAUUUAUCGAAAGGUAGGGUUUUGAAGAGCCUCCUCCUCCGUUACCAGUUUCUUCUUCUUUAUCCUCUCUCCUUUCUUCUUCCAUUCCUCUAACCUAAGAUGGGCAAGUCAAGCAAGAAAUCAGCUAUCAAGGUUGACGCUGCUCCAGCUGUGGUUCCGCCAUCCAAGUCUGCCAAGAAGGGAGGCAAGCGACAAGCUCAAGAUGAAAUUGAGAAGCAAGUGAGUGCCAAAAAACAGAAGAUAGAGGAGGUUGCUCAGAAGCAAAAGAAGGAGGCCAAGGUGCAAAAGAAGAAGGAAAGUAGUUCAGAUGAUUCUUCGGAAUCUGAAGAGGAGAAACCUGCACCCAAACCUGUACUUUCAAAAAAGGUACCUGCUAAGAAUGGUGCUGCCCUGCCAAAGAAAGACAAGCCAGUCUCCAGUUCUUCUGAAGAUGACUCCUCUGACGAGGAUGAAGUGAAUGCAAAGAAGCCACACAAAGUGGUUGCUGAGAAACAAAAGAAUGGAGCAACCGUGCAAAAGAAUAAGAAGGAAAGUAGUUCAGAUGAUUCUUCUUCAGACUCUGAAGAUGAGAAACCUGUAGCAAAAGCUGCCGUACCUUCAAAAAAGACACCUGCUAAAAGCAGCAAUAUAAGUACCCCAGCCAAGAAAGGCAAGCCAGCUAGCAGCUCCAGUUCUUCUGAUUCAUCUGAAGAUGACUCUUCUGAUGAGGAUGAACUGGCUACAAAAAAGCAAAUGAACGAAGUGAAAGUGCAAAAGGGUAAGGAGGAAAGUAGUUCAGAUGAUUCUUCAUCCGAUUCUGAAGAUGAGAAACCUGCAGCAAAAGUUGCCGUUCCUUCAAAAAAUCAAUCUGCCAAAAAUGGUACUCUAAGUACUCUAGCUAAGAAAGGCAAGCCAGCUGCCAGUUCAAGCUCUUCUGAAUCUUCUGAUGAUAACUCUGAUGAGGAUGAGGCACCAAAAACCAAGGUGGCCCCUGCUGCAGGCAAAAAUGGACAUGCUUCUACAAAGAAAACUCAGCCAAGUGAAAGUUCUGACAGUGAUAGCUCUGAUUCUGAUAGCAGCUCUGAUGAAGGCAAAAGUAAGAAAAAACCUACAACUGCUAAGCUGCCUACAUUGCCAGUUGCUCCAGCGAAGAAAGUGGAAAGCUCAGAUGAUGAAUCAAGUGAAAGCUCUGAUGAAGACAAUGAUGCAAAACCUGCUGUAACUGCUGUAUCAAAGCCUUCUGCUCGUGCACAAAAGAAGGUUGAAAGCUCUGAUUCUGAUGAUAGCAGCUCUGAUGAAGACAAGGGGAAGAUGGAUAUCGAUGAUGAUGAUGAUAGUUCUGAUGAAAGUGAAGAGCCACAAAAGAAAAAGGCUGUGAAAAAUUCAAAAGAAAGCAGUGACAGUUCUGAAGAAGACAGCGAGGAUGAAAGUGAAGAGAAACCCUCCAAAACUCCUCAGAAAAGAGGCAGGGACGUGGAGAUGGUUGAUGCUGCCUUGUCUGAAAAGAAAGCUCCUAAGACCCCAGUUACACCAAGAGAAGAAUCUGGCACUUCAAAGACACUAUUUGUUGGGAACUUGCCAUUUAGUGUUGAGCGGGCUGACGUGGAAGGGUUCUUCAAGGAUGCCGGAGAAGUUGUUGAUGUUCGUUUUGCUACAGAUGAUACUGGGAAGUUUAAAGGAUUUGGACAUGUUGAGUUUGCAACAGCAGAGGCUGCCCAAAAUGCUCUUGGGUUGAAUGGACAACAAUUGUUUAAUCGUGAACUCCGGCUUGAUUUAGCUCGGGAAAGGGGUGCAUAUACCCCCAACAGCAGCAACUGGAACAACUCAUCCCAGAAAAGUGAAAGAGGCCAGUCUCAAACAAUAUUUGUAAGGGGUUUCGAUACAUCCCUUGGGGAAGAUGAGAUAAGAGGGAGUUUGCAAGAACAUUUUGGAUCUUGUGGGGACAUUACCAGGGUGUCAAUUCCUAAAGAUUACGAGUCUGGUGCUGUUAAGGGGUUUGCUUAUGUGGAUUUUGGUGAUGCUGAUAGCAUGGGCAAAGCUCUAGAACUCCAUGAAACUGAACUUGGAGGUUAUACCUUGACAGUGGAUGAAGCCAAACCUAGAGAUAAUCAGGGUUCUGGGGGUAGAGGUGCUGGUGGUAGGAGUGGUGGUGGUGGUCGAUUUGGUGCUAGGGGUGGUGGCGGUGGUCGAUUUGGUGCUAGGGGUGGUGGCGGUCGAUUUGGUGGAAGUGGUGGUGGCGGUCGAUUUGGUGGAAGUGGUGGUGGUCGAUUUGGUGGAAGGGGUGGUGGUGGAAGGGGUCGGGGAAAUAGACCCAACCUUGCUGCGGAAGGCACAGGGAAAAAGACCAAAUUUGCUGAUGAUGAGUAGGGUGGCAACUCUAGCAGAUACUUAAAGUUUAAUAUUUAUUUUCUAAACUUUCCUGUAGUGUUGGCUCCCCAGUUUUGUUUUGGUAUUCCGUAGUUAGUAUGAAUUCGUAGAAUUCAGUUGUUAUAUGAUUUGAUACUUAUCGCAUGGAUUAUUAUUUAAAUAUAGUAUUUGUGGCUCUUCAGAAUUAUGCUUUCAUUA